AUGGCGGGCGGCUUCAUAGCGAAAAAGAGGUCAAGAGACGAAGCAAACAGGCAAUUCAAGGGCAGGCCGCGCAAGAAGCCCAGAAAGGGCCGCGAGUAUCACAGCAGCGACUCGGAGGAUGGAGACGAUGGCGGCGCCGACGGUCAAUCUUUUGCGCCUGUGAACUUGCUCGACUCGGACGAGGAGGACAUACACAACCUUGCAGCGGACGAUGGACAGUCCUCGGGGACGGACGAUUCUUCAGACGACGAGGCGUCGACUUCAAGGCAAACAAAGAAGAAACCAACUGCGAAAACAGCAAAACCAACAAAGACAAAGCAAAAGAGCCGGCAAUCAACAAAAGAUAGUUCUGAAGAUGAUGACGAAGAAGAAGAAGACGACGAUGAAGAUGAUGACAGCUCGGACGACGACGCAAUCGACGGCCAACCCCAGAGGAAGCAAUCAAAGCGCAACGACCCGACGGCCUUCGCGACCUCCAUGUCCAAGAUCCUGUCCACCAAGCUGAGCACAUCACGCCGCGCCGACCCGGUCCUGUCCCGCAGCGCCGCGGCUCACGAGGCGGCGCGACUGGCGGUCGACUCGGCGCUCGAGGCCAAGGCGCAUCGCAAGAUGGCAGAGCAGAGGCGCGCAGCGCUGGAGAAGGGCCGCGUCAAGGACGUCCUGAUAUCCCAGGAAGGGCAGACGGCCGAGAUGCAGGCGGCCGAGAAGAGGCUGCGCAAGACGGCGCAGAGGGGUGUCAUCAAGCUGUUCAACGCCAUCAGGGCCGCGCAGGUCAAGGCCGCCGACGCGGAGCGGGCCGUCAGGAGCGAGGGCGUCAUUGGUAUGGGUAAGAGGGAGCAAAAGGUUGCCGAGAUGAGCAAAAAGGGUUUUUUGGACUUGAUUGCUGGUGGCGGUGGAGGAUUGAACAAGGCUCCGCUCGAGGAGGCCUGA